UCGUCGAACGACGUGGUGUGAGGUGAGAGGUGGUCACUAGAAGUCUCGCGACUGCUCACAGUGGCCAGUAGCUAAACAAUGUUCCGCAUGGUUAGUUGCGUAUGUGGUUGAUCAUCGUCGUCGUAUAAAUACGUUAGAACGAAUGAUUAUUUUCAAAGUGGGGUGAAGAUAAAAUUAUGAGAAGUGGGGGGACAAGUUAACGGGGUAAUCAUUGUGUAAAGCAGUAAGAUUGGUUGAGACGCGUUGAAAAGGCACUUUGAAUAACUUAUAAUUUGCGAGGACUCCAAAACGAGUCUCGCUCGAGAGUUGUAAACAAAGGAUGGCUGGUGAACCUCGUGUCGCUGGAAAUGCAAAACCGCUAGUGCCGCUUUUUACAAAAGCCGCAGAUUGUGUGUAUACGAGCUGUUACUGCGAAGAAAAUGUAUGGAAAUUGUGUCAGGAUAUUUCAACAAGACAUACAUCUGAACUACAGCAUUGCUACGUAGUUUUUAUAAGUAAUUCUAAUCGAAGUGUACCCCUUUGGCGUCAGCGAGAGGGAAAAGGAGACGAUAAAGUUAUUGUUUGGGAUUAUCAUGCAAUUUUAAUUUAUGCACCCGACGAGCGAGCUGUAGUGUACGAUUUAGAAAGUGCUUUACCAUUCCCUACAUAUUUUUGGAAAUAUGCUACUGAAACCUUUAGGACAGAUGAAGCCUUGCGUCCCGAAUAUCACAGAAGAUUUAGACUUAUACCAGCUGCUACUUAUUUACAACACUUUGCUUCAGAUCGUGCUCACAUGAAACGCGAAGAUGGAACUUGGAUUAAAACACCACCAGAUUAUCCACCCAUUUGUACACCAACUUGCAAGGAUAAUCUGGACUCAUUUAUCAGCAUGGAAUCUGGAACAGGUUUUGGAACAGUAAUGAGUUUAAAACAAUUAAUUAACAAAUUUUACAGACCUAGUGUCAAUCCAACGUCUUCUCCAGCACCUCAGUCUCAAGCGACAACAAAUUAAAAAAAUUUUCUAAUCAACAAUAUAUUUAUAUUAUUGCUCUUUGUUCCUUUUUGGAACAUCAUUUCACUCAUUCGCUUGAUCUAGUAUGUUCAGAUGUUAUAAGUAUGGCCUAUGGCUUUUAAUAGUCGGAAAAUAAAUCAAGUUAAGCAAUCUUGAAUUUUAAAUUAUCAAGUGUGCAUCUGAUUAUCUACAGAUAUAUUCACUUGAAGUGGAAUGAAUAUGGAGUGAAAUUGAGCCAAUACUUAUUCGUCUUCAAAACAAAUGUUUUUUCGAUCACCAUAUCCAUACAAUCUCUAUGAAACAUAUUUACUCUUUUUCUAUAAAACACUUUUUAUGAAAGAAA